AUGUGCAGCCAGCAGCUGCUGCUGCUGCACAACUCCUUACAACUACAACAGCAGCAGCAGCGGCAGCAGCAAAAAGUCAGCAGCAGCAAAGCGGCUGCAGCAACGCAAAGAGCAUCGUCAGCUUCACUAUCAGGAGCGGCAAUGACCAUAAGCACUAGCUGCAGCAACAGUAGCAGCAGCAGCAGCAGCAGCAGCCCAAAGAGCACCACGAGCCCAGAACCACGAGUAAGAGGACCAACGGCCUCACCAGCAGCAGCAACAGCAACAGCAGCAGCAGCAGCAGCACGUGGGGAUGGUGUGCUGCUCUUGCUGCAAGUGCCACCCCUGUCGAGCUUGCUGCGGCUUUUGUUACCGAAAGCGGCGCGAGAGAAAGGUCUAUGGUAA